AUGCUGAUGGCAUUGGAAAAACUUUCAUUAUCACCAGAACAGGUUACUAAAGGAAAUAAUGUGUUCACUGCCAUUUUUACAGCUGAAAUGGUCCUCAAGAUGAUUGCCCUAGAUCCGUAUUACUAUUUUCAGUGCUCCUGGAAUGUGUUUGACUUCACUGUGGUUAUUGUAGGCAUAAUAAACCUGUUGCUAAACAUGCGAGCACCAAUUUUCAGAACGUUGAGAAUCUUCAAACUUUCGAAAUUUUGGCCAGCUUUAAAUAAGCUUAUGAAAAUAAUGUUGAAAUCAGUAGGCCCUCUGGGUAACCUCACCCUUGUUCUGAUAUUCACUGUAUUCAUUUUUGCUGUGGUCGGCAAGCAAGCCUUUGGGAAUUAUUACAGCGCUGUCACUGCUAAUGCUAGCAUCUGCAAAAACGAUAGUAUGCCAAAUUGUGCUUCCACUAACAGCUCUGAGACAUGCCAGUUGCGCUGGCAUAUGAAGGAUUUUUUACAUUCAUUUCUUAUUAUAUUCCGAAUUCUGUGUGGAGAAUGGAUUUCUACCAUGUGGGAGUGCAUGCAAGUUGCUGGGGAAGGACGGUGCAUAAUUCUGUUCAUGCUGGUCCUGGUUUUAGGAAACCUGGUGGUCCUCAAUCUCUUUAUUGCUCUGCUGCUGAGUUCCUUCAGUAGCAGUGGUUCCGAAACAGAGGAAGAUAACUGCAAACCUGACCCUGGAAAGGCUUUAGCACUUAUUCAGAGAGGGCUGCGAUUUGUCAGACUUUUCCUGUGGGAUUGGUGUUGCCAUGUCUUCCUGAAGAAGCUGAGGAGAACAGGCACGAAGGAAAAGAGUGAGACCACCGUCACUGAAAGAUCCUGUGAUGCCGAACCCACGAAAGAGAUGUCAGAGAACUUUGCUGGCAAGGAAUCCUUCGGGAACUGGGAUAAACUUCCGUGGGAUAGAAAGCAGGAAGAUUUCACGAUAGAUUACAGAGAGAUCCCCCCUAUUCCCCUGGCUGAACUGGAAACAUUAAGCAUUGAGGAAAUGGACCCUAGUACCCUGGAGAACAAUCUGCGAAAGAGGAGAGAGAUACACCAAGGCCAAAAUCGAAGACUCUCUUCUCAAGUUUCUGACACUACAAGUACUUGGUCUUUGGAUAUACCCAAGAGAUCGGAUUACGAUACGAGCUGUUCAGAGAUCAGCACAGUGGACCAGAGAUCUCCUAUCCAUCAGGUGCUUGAAGUCAAAAAGGAACCUCAGGACUGUUUCCCACAAGUCUUCAUGAAAUUGUUUCCAUGCUGCAGAGUGAAUACAGAUGCAUUUCCAGGCAACACUUGGUGGAGAUUUAGAAAAACCUGCUACAAAAUUAUAAAACAUAAUUGGUUUGAAUCCUUUAUUAUAUUCAUGAUAUUACUGAGUAGUGGUGCUCUGAUCUUUGAAGACAUCUACCUUAAUAAAAGAAAGAUAAUAAAAAAAAUUCUCGACUAUGCCGAUGUAUUCUUUUUCUGUAUCUUUUUCUUGGAGAUGCUUCUCAAAUGGGUGGCCUAUGGCUUUAGAAAAUAUUUUACUAAUGGCUGGUGUAUUCUUGAUUUCUUUAUUGUAUCUUUGCCUAUAGCAAGAGGUACAUCAAAGAAAAGACAGUGUGAUAGUAAUAUCUCCACGAAAUCUCUAAGAACAUUGAGGGCCCUUAGACCUCUUCGAGCACUGUCUAGAUUUAAAGGAAUAAAGGUUGUUGUGAAUGCUCUGGCUGGCGCUAUCCCUUCCAUUGGAAAUGUGCUUCUUGUCUGCAUUGUACUUUGGCUGCCAUUUAACAUCUUAGGAGUGCAAUUGUUUGGAGGAAAAUUUUCAUGUUGGAACGUUGAAAAUAAGAAAAGUUGUAUUAAUAUGACUAUCAACUUUGAUCAUGUUGGGAACGGGUACCUAGCUCUCCUUCAAGUGGCAACAUUUAAAGGCUGGAUGGACAUUAUGUAUGCUGCAGUAGAUUCAGCUAAUGAAAAUUCCACCCAGCCAUGUUUUGAAAACAACGUAUAUGCAUACGUUUACUUUGUGGUUUUUAUUAUAUUUGGAUCCUUCUUCAUGCUGAACCUCUUCAUUGGUGUGGUUAUUGAUAAUUUUAACCAGCAAAGAAAAAAGAUAAGUGGAGAACUCAUCUUUUUGUCAGAGGAUCAAAAGAAAUAUUACAAUGCACUAAAAAAGCUUGGUACCAAGAAACCACAUAAGACUAUUCCACGACCUCUGAACCAGUUCCAAGGAUUACUUUUUGAUAUCGUAAACAAGCAAGCAUUUGAACUGUUCAUUAUCAGCCUGAUUUUCUUGAAUGUGGUGGUCAUGGCCGUGGAAUACGAAGGUCAAGAUGUGGCUGCUGACCAACUUCUUGAGAAGAUCAACUGUGUCUUUGUGGCCCUCUUCACUGGCGAGUGUGUGAUGAAACUGUUGGCUUUGAGGCUUUAUUUCUUCAAAGACUCCUGGAACAUAUUUGAUUUGGUGGUUGUCAUUCUUUCAAUCAUUAGCCUUGCAGCAACCCAACUUUGGCGACGCCUCAAUUUCCCGCCAACCAUCCUGCGUGUCAUUCGAGUGAUCCGUAUCAGCCGCCUCCUGAGGCUGAUCCGAGGCGCGAGAGGGCUGCGCACCCUUCUUUUUGCCCUGCUGAUGUCCCUCCCUGCUCUCACCAACAUCGGGCUCCUCCUCUUCCUGAUCAUGUUCAUUUACGCUAUAUUUGGCAUGGCUAAUUUCUCCUGCGCGAGUUGGCUGCAAGGGAUUGACGACAUUUUCAACUUCCAGACCUUUGGCAACAGCAUGCUUUGCCUCUUCCAAAUAACCACGUCCGGUGGCUGGGAUGAGCUUCUGGGACCGAUGCUCCUCCACCAGGACAGGUAUAUGUGUGCUCCAAACAUCAAAUCCGCCACACAGAACAGCCCCUGUGUCAACAGCAAGGUGGCCAUUGCCUAUUUUGUCAGCUACAUCAUUAUUUCGUUCCUGAUUGUAGUCAACAUGUACAUUGCUGUCAUCAUCGAGAAUCUGAACGUUGCCACCGAAGAGAGCACAGAGCCACUGGGCGAUGAUGACUUUGAAAUCUUUUAUGAGAUCUGGGCAAAAUUUGACCCCAAAGCAACCCAGUUUAUCUCUUACUCGGCACUCUCCAACUUCGCAGAUGCCCUGGCAGAACCUUUGCGGAUACCAAAACCGAAUAGUCAGCAGUUGUUGUCCAUGGACCUUCCGAUAGUCAAUGGGAAUAAAAUCCACUGCCUGGAUAUUUUGUUUGCUUUUACCAAAAGGGUGCUGGGAGAAUCUGGAGAAAUGGACUCGUUUGAGUCCCAAAUAGAAGAAAAAUAUCCAGAGAAGAUUGCCUAUGAGCCGAUCGUGACAACUCCCAAGAGAAAGCAGGAUGAGUCUGCCAUCAUCAUUCAAAGAGCUUAUCGGAUGUAUCUUUUCCAGCGUGCAGGAAGGGUAGCGCCUCAGGAACCCUUUGUAACCAUCUCCUUGGAGAAUAUUCCAGAAGAGGAAAACUCAUCUGUGUUCAGCCUGAGUGAAAAUGAAGGCAGCCAGUCCAAUAAUUCUCAGAGCUUGUCUUCGGUGGCCAUUCCUCCAUCCUACAGUAAUGUGACGAGCAUUGCUCCUGUCCUUCAACAGGAGGAGUCCUCAGACCAUAAGGGUGAUACAAAGUGA